AAUUUAUUUAUAUAGUUGUCCUUUGUUUAAAUAAAUAAAAUAAUAUUUUACAAGAAAAAAACAUUUUUAAAAAAUUAAUUGUGGAAAAUUUGAUAUAUGAAGUUCCGGUUGUAUUUGCGCUUAUAACCUAUAUUCAAGACAUGACAGUGGCUAUUGCAUAAUUAUGUACGUUCAAAGGCUAAAAAAGAUAAGAAACAUAUAACCAAAGGGAAAUAUUAAUUAAAAAUAUAUAACAAUGGCAGAUAACAAUACAAACAAUGAAACCCCUCUCAGAGAACAACUUAUAAAUACAGCAGUAAAAUUUCUGCAGAAUCCAAAAGUAACAGCUAGUCCAUUAAGUCAAAAGCAAGAUUUUUUAAAAAGAAAAGGUCUCACUGAUAUGGAAAUUCAAAGAGCUUGUGAUUUGGCAAAUUUAUCGCAAAAAUCAACAAAUCAAAAUGAAUACGCUGCUGUGACGAUACAACAACCUCCAGGACAAUUAUAUCCAUAUUAUCAUCAUCAUUCAUUUCAACCUAAUUUAUUUUUUAAAGUGAAAGAAUUUUUUAAUUUAGCUGCUUUAAUUGGUGCCACUACUUAUUGCGUUUAUUGGUUUUAUAAGAAAUUCAUUGCACCUUUGUUGUUCGGACGUAAAAAACCUGAUCCUCCAAAAGACUCGGUGAAGGAAUUAGAUCAAACAAUUCAACGUUCCAUGAGAGAAGUUAAAGAAUCUCUUUCAAAAGUCGAGGUCGAUGUUCAAAAUUUGGCAAAAAGUCAUUCAGUCGAUCCAACGAUUCCUCAGCUGGUGCAAGAAUUAAAACAGGAUUUAGCUAGUUUAAAAUCGUUACUUCUCUCCAAAAAACAAUUUCCAAGUGCACCGCCUUCAAUUCCUGCUUGGCAAUUGCAUACUGCAAAUCAAAGUCAAGAAAAAUCUGCAGAACGUGAAGACGAUGCUGGUAGCGGAAGCAGUACUAAUAACUCGGACAGUUCUUUGGAAAUGAUUCGAGAAGAUCCACCCAAAGAAUAAAAUAAACAAUAAACAUUUUGGCUUCCAGUUUUGUUUUGUUUUUCUAAUUACAUCAGAAACACUGCCAGUGCGAAACACAAAGAAAAUUCUAUGUUUAUUUCGGUGUUAUUAUUAUUAAACUCAGAUAAAUUGUAUAUUUCCAAUUAAACACCGAAAUAUUAUUAUUAUUAUAUAUAUAUAUAUAAGAAUUUCAAUAUACAUUAAAAUCAAAUGUACAUACAAAACAGUGGCAGUACAAAAUCAAGACCCGUAAAUUGCGUGUGUUUUUUUUUUAUUAUUUUUAUUUUAGAAAAUAAACUAAGUGUUUUCUUUUUCUUACGUACCUAAUAAAAAGUUUUUCUUGUUUUUUCUCUGUA